AUGAACAGAUCAAACAUUUUACUAAAUGUAAAAGAUCUAACAUUCAUCAUUUUUUUGGUACAGGUUGGCAAAGAUUCUUUUGGCAAAGACUAUAUAGAAAACUUAAAACAGAACGAUAUUUCUACAGAAUUUACAUAUCAGACUCAAGAUGCUGCUACGGGAACUGCGUCUAUAAUCGUCAAUAAUGAAGGCCAGAAUAUCAUCGUUAUAGUGGCUGGAGCAAAUUUACUUUUGAAUACUGAAGACCUGAGGGAAGCAGCCAGGACCAUUAGCAGAGCCAAAGUCAUGAUCUGCCAGUUAGAAAUAACUCCAGAAACGUCUUUGGAAGCCCUGACAAUGGCCCACAGCAAUGGAGUGAAAACAUUGUUCAACCCAGCUCCUGCUGUUGCUGACCUGGACCCUCGCUUCUACAGACUCUCAGAUGUGUUCUGCUGCAAUGAAACUGAGGUAAGGAUAGAACGUUUUACUCAUUCCAUAAGAAGCCAAAGACUUUCAUGCAAGUGGGUAAAGGAAAGAGGCAGGACUAACCACGUCAGCUUGGUUGCAUGUAAAUUCCUGGACCCAGUGAAGACAAUUUUCACUAACUGGGGUGUGGAGAAAAGGAAAUUAGGCGCUGGUGACAGUUUUGUGGGGGCUUUGGCCUUCUACCUGGCUUACUACCCAAGUCUGUCCUUGGAAGAAAUGCUCAAGAGAUCCAAUUUCAUCGCGGCGGUCAGUGUCCGGGCUGCAGGAACACAGUCUUCUUAUCCGUACAAAAAAGACCUGCCACUUGAUCUGUUUUGAUUGCUACUAACCCUAAAAUAAAUGUACCUGGAAAUAAAAUGUACUUGGGGGAGGGAGGUGGCCUCUCUUAGCUAGCCGCUUACUAUAAAAUAUCCUCUUUCCUUUUUUCGCAAAUAUGUUCAUUUGUGAAGUCAUCCUCAGCCUUUACUCUCUUAUAAUAAUGAUUUCUUCGCUUUUCACGUAUUUGCAAGAGCCAACCAAAAUGAAGGAUUCCAUGACCAGGACCUGUACAAACAUUACCACGAUGAGGAACCAGCAAACUCACUUGCCAACAGAUCAUGAAUGCUGUAUGUCCACCACAGGGCAGGGCUUGUGGACAAACAAUGUCUAGAGUCCGAGCAGAGAAUGUUAAAUAAGGAAGGGUCACAUGAAUUGGACUGUUCAAGCAGUUCCUAAGAGAGACAGUUGAUACUCGGCAUUGGUGUUGUCAAAGCUUCUGUUUUGCGAGAGAAGCCAGAAGUUUGGAUGUUUACUGAAAUUUUUUCAAUGUUUAAGUAUCAGCAAUUGAUUUUUGAAAAAUGUAACCACCACCUGUGGGCCACAUUCAGCUCAUGUGCUGAACAGACAAGUCAUUUGUUAAGCCAGAUUUUAAGUUGUUGUUUUGCUUUUUUUUAACGGCGAUUCAUUUAUGUCACAGACCCUUUAUAGCAGGCUUAGCUAGGACCAGGUGAAGGAUUUUUCUUGUAACCCAAAACCACUAUGCAUAGUUUCAACCAAAAAAUAGCCAAGAUCUCACCUAUUAUUGCUUUGAACCAAAGCUGUUUAACAAAAGAUGCCAGAAAAUAGCUGAUCAACUCUAAUGCCACAAGCCCCCUAAACUCAGCAACUGUCUACAUCUAAUUCCAAUUUCAGAAAGCUACGCUUGCAUGUCCUCCAUAGACAGGCUGGGCCAUGGAGAGGGAACACCUGUUACCUUGAAACAUUGGUUUCAUCCUUCUUGAGGCCAUAGUAGGCACACCAUCAUUCUUCUACAUAAAUGCUUUAAAUGGUGUAGGAUAUGAACCAGCAGAACUCAAAAUAAAAGCUGACCCUUCUUACAUUCAGUCAGAAAUGUGAUAAGGAGAAAACAGAGUAUUUCUGAAGAUCUGUAGGAAACAAUAGCUUGAGUGAGAAAGUAUAUGGAUCUGGGUAAGGCAGUCUUACCUUACCUGAACAUUAGGGAUUAUUAGUGGAAUUUCCACUGGUUGGCUGUGUGGUACCAUGCCCCAAAGCCCUAGCCGUGGCUCUAUGGAAAUACACUAUAGCUCUUCUUUAAAAAAAAAACAACAAAAAAAAGGAAAUCUAGAAGAUAAAGGGAGUCCAAAGCAUUCCUAGAAACUCCUAGAUGCUGCUUCAGUAUCUACUCAGUGACCGGAGUUUGAGAAUAUGGACCAAUGGCAUUUUUUCUAAUUAUAUAAGCACAAAUCAGAAGUUCUCGUGGUUUUUUUUUUGUGUUACAAGGCUGGCCCCCUUAUUCCUGUUCACCGUUACCCUCUCUGUUAUUACAUGGGAGUUUUUUCAAGAUCACUCCGGAGAGUGACUCUGCCUUUCCUAUGAGGUACAAAGAGGAGCAGACUGGAAAGUCUUGCACAAGUUUCAUUAUGGAAACUUUCUUUUAUAUGAACAAUGGUUAUUCUUCAGUAAUGUAGUUGCUUUUUAUUUCAAAGAGUGGGGGGGGAAACAUCACCAAGAGACAAUAGCACAGGCUAUUUUAAUAUUUUUUAUUAAGGGCUAUAAAAAUAUCCAGAGAGAUAAAUAAAUGUGAUGCAAUGAUAUAUGUCCUAAUAUGAAGAACUUUCUUUCAGUACAUUGUUUUUCUUCACAAUGGCCUUCAAAUCACAGGAGGCAGUGAUUCCGUGCCAUUUCCUCUUCUUUUAUUACAUGCUGCAGAAUUUCUGAAUCAGUAUCCCACCCUCAGUAUUCUCAUUUAUAAAUCAAACUCGUUUUCAAUCCAUUGUUUAGAGGGAACGUAUUUUCUUCUGUUCCACAAAGAGGACUUUUGUUUUCACUGUAAGAGAAAAAUGGGUUGUAGCAGAAAACUAAACCAUCACCAUUUUUAAAUAAAAAUACGUAUCAGACCACAA